UUCUGCCCCAGCACAUGCGUGACGCCACCCACCCACCCCCAGACCUUCUUCUUCCACAAGAAAGAAACAAAUCGAGUGCCUCAAACACAAACGGAGGAACGAACAGACAAAAAGGAGAUCCAACUGGGGGAGGAAGAACAUGGAGGAAGGAGAAGAAGAAGAACAAGGAAGAUCCCUCGGCUGGAAUGUUGACCUUGCCAACAAGCUGAAAACAACAAAUCUCCAGGAUAAAAGUGAUGUACUCUGGCAUGAACAACAUGGAAUAACAGAUGCUUGUAACGAUGAGAGCAUGCUCCUAGAGGCUGGGUUCACUUUCACAGAACUACUGGAAGGAAAAUUUGACAAGUUCUACACACCUGACCCUGCAAAUAAAAAGGAUGAUAACUUAUCUGGUGGAGGCAGUUGCAGUGAACCAUAUUUUGAGAAUUUGAGAAACACGGGCUCUGGAACUUCCCAUUCUUUUGCUAUUGAAAAUGAUAAAUACACCAACUCAGAUACCAUGUGUGAUGACGAUCCAUGGGGCAAAAAUUUAUUUGAGGACAUGGACCUUGACGAGGUUGUGGAUCCACACAUAUCUUCCACAGGUCCAGCUAAUGAUCAUAUCAAGAAAUUCAACACUGGUUCAGUUGAAAGUUCAAGCAGCAAGUCAGCAGUUGAUACUGAACAAAGCGACAUACAAGCGGAAGAUGAUCAGAAGAAAUUGUCUGAAGAGGACAUUGAAAAAUUUCUAGAGAAUGAUAAUGCAGAAGGACGCAAUGAAAAUGCUGAUUUAGUGUUGGAAAGUUUGAAACCUGAGGUAGGAAUGAGAUUCAAAACAAGAGAAGACGCCCAAAAUUUCUUCAACACAUAUUCGUUUGCGGCUGGUUUCUCAGUUGCUAUAGUAGGUGCUUACCGAACUACAAGCAAGAAAAGGCAGAAUGAAAUAGUCAGGGUCACGAUGAAAUGCAACAAAUCCGGGCAUACUACUGAAGUAGAAAAGGACCAAAUGGUUGCACAAAGACAAAGCACAGUCAUAACUAAAGCAGACUGCAAAACUGAGAUGGUUAUCAGUGAGAAAGAUGGGAUUUGGAGCAUCAAAACUUUGUGUCUUGAACAUAAUCACACCCUAGACCCCCAUAGCAGAUUCUUUAGAUCUCAUGCCUACAUGACAACAGAAGAGAAGGCAAUGAUAAGAUCACUGAAACAAAGCAACAUACCAACCAGGCAGAUUGUUUCAGUUUUGGGACAUCUCAGAGGAGGAUCAGAUCAGCUACCUUACAACAAGAAGAAAGUAAGUAAUUACAGCACAAGCAUAAACAUAGAGCUGAAAAACAGUGACAUGAUGGAGGUGCUAUCAUUCUUCAGCAAGAAACAAACAGAGGACCCAAGAUUCUACUCUUCGUUUGACAUAGACAGUGAGAACAAAGUGAAAAGUGUGUUCUGGGCAGAUGCUAGAGCAAGAUCAUUCUAUGAGGUGUGUGGAGAUUGUAUUAGCUUUGAUACCACAUUCCUAACAAACAAAUACAAUCUGCCAUUUGCUCCCAUAGUAGGCGUCUCCCCACAUGGUCAUACUUAUCUGUUUGCUUGUGCUCUAAUCGGUCGGGGUGCGCGUUCGGUCAUGACCGAAAAUUCGGUCUUUGUAUUUCGGUCUAUUUUGAAUUCGGUCCUCUAGAAAUAAAGACCGAAAAUUACUUGUCAAUUUUACUACCCGACAAAUUCGGGUAUCCGAUAAUUCGGGUUCGGUUUCGGUCAUGACCGAACUUUGUGAUAGUUGUUGCCAACACAAAACUUGGAGAGUAUUUGGUAAAAGUUCUGGGGCAAAA